AUGAAGCUCCAUGGUGCUCUCACGAUGCUUGGGGCUGCCCUGCUCCUGACCUCCGGGGGAGAUUGUGGCAUUUGCCCGACUAUAAAAGAGGAGCUUGAGCUUUUUCUAGGCCCAUCUGGGGAUGCCUAUAUCAACUUUGUGAAGAAAUACAAGGAUGACAAUGCCACACUGGAAAAUGCUGAAAAUCUAAAAACCUGUGAGGAUAACAAGUUGACAGAGGAAGACAAGGAGAGUGUCUGCAGUUUGCUGCUGCAGACACCGCUCGGGCUGCGGCUCAUUUCCGGUUCGCGUUCAGCGUCCCGGCUGCUGCGGGAAGGGCGCCCUGAGUGUGACAGCGCGACCGGCGGCCGUGCGAGGGGAGCUUCGUCUGCCUCCCUGGUGGUCUAA